GAGAUGCUAGUACUGAGCAUUGUGUUACAUAUGAUGAUGAAGAUGAUUAGCCAGAUGCUCAUUAUUUAGGAUCAAAAUUGAUAGAAUAGUUGUAUUACGUUUCACCCACGGGGCUUCUUCGGAUACAUAUAGGUAAAUUCAACAAAUAGAACACAGAGAUGCAGGCCAAGCUCAGACACAAAUCAUGCGCAUGCAAUAAAUAUCGUGAAAGGAUUAACAGAUAUCUUGAGAUUUAGACGAAUAAUAAUUUUAAGAUCGACCCCUAAGUGCGUACUGCGCGCUAUUAUUUGUCUUUGUUAAUAAAUACGUAUACCUAUUUAGCAGUCGACAACACAAUACGUACUAAGCGAAUUACGCUAUCAUUCCAUCUCAGAAUUCGUACUACGCGCACACUAAUACAUACACAUCAUUCUAAAUCACAGCUAACAAUGACCUAUAAUACCCAAUCAUAAUCUGUGUUCGGCGGUACAGCAUAUCUACAGGCGCUGCCUACUGGAGCCAUCUGUUAGACCCGAAAGGAACUACUGCUACUAUGUAGGUAUCGGUGUCAUAUAACGCUACCAACAGAACAAGCCAAGGAACAAGCGCUAAUGUGCAUAUGAUGAUGUGUAGGGAACUGGAUGGAGUAAGCGCCAUGAUGAUGUGUUUUUGUUAAGUGCUGGUUUUUUGUUUCUUAUCUCAAUUGAUUCAGUUAUUAAAAGGUUCGCUUCGUCCUUGCAUCUAUGAAGAAUAGAAAUUUCGAAGUCAGUGUUCAUCGGUUGUGCUGUGGGGUGUGCUGUCAGUAUAUGAUCACCUAGGUCAGUACCUUUCCUUUUGUUCCUAGCGUCUCCCAAGUGUUCCAUAAAUCUAGUCCUCACCAUGCGUUUAGUUUUACCAAUGUAUGUAUCUCCACACAUUUUACAUUUAAUCUCAUACACAACGUUUUUGGUAUGGCAUCUACCUUUGAGGCCACCCUCACACGUACUGCAAGUCUUACGACACCCCCUGGGACAAUCAGGGGGUUGCAGUGCAGACGAGGUCAGUUGAUUUGAGAGUGUAGGUCCGCUUUUCCACGCAACUCGAAUAUCCAAAUCUGAGGACUUCACUGCUGCGUUGACUUUACGUGUGAGGGUUUCGUCAAUGUAAGGUAGAGAUAUGUAGGUAAUAUUGGGAGAAGACUUUUUCUUUUGAGAUUGUUUGUUUUUAUAUCUGAUUGCGUUUUGUAUGUUACGAAUCAGUUUAAUCGGAUAGCCGCUGGAAAUGAAUAUGUCCGUUAUUUUUUGUAGACCCCGGUCCUGUGCUGCUUUAUCAGACCCCAAACGAACAGCUCUAAGCGACUGAGAGUGUAUGAGGCUCCUUUUGGUCUGCAUAGGGUGGCUGGAGUCAAAAUGUAAUAUGAUAGGGGCUGCUGAUGGCUUAACAUAAAGUUCUGUGGUGUAUGCUCCUGAGGGUUCUACAGUGAUUAGUGUAUCAAGGAAGGGAAUUUGUCUUUGUGACGAGAGAUCGGUGCGUUCAAAGCUGAAUUUUAGACAAGGAUGGAAGCUAUUAAUGAACUGUAUGUAUUCAUCUAAGUUUUGCGAGCCAUGGGUCCAAAUACCAAAAAUAUCGUCGAUGUAUCUAAGGUAAAGUGCAGGUUGUAGUCUAUCCGAUGCUAGUAUGCGUGUUUCUACUGCGUUCAUGAAGAGGAUAGCCAGGGGAGGGGCUAUACGGCUUCCCAUAGCUAUCCCCUGGGUUUGCUUGUAAUAUUUUGUACCGAAGCGUACAUAGUUGUUUUCCAGACAGUGCUCAAGUAAUUUUUUCACAUCAGGGAUGGUGAGACCAUAUAAGUUCACCUUUGACGAGUGGGUACGUAGCAUAGCUAUAGUCGCCUCUAUCGCUUCUGCUGUGGGGAUGUUACCGUAGAGAUUGUUCACGUCUACUGUGAAUGCGAUGGCACCGGGUGGGAGGCCAGAAGGGAAUCGAGUGCUCAGGUGUUGCAAAUAGUCAUAGGUGUUAGUUAAGUGGGCUGGUACUAGGAUCAGAAGCUGGGUGAUUAUUCUCUCUAGGAACCACGAGAGCUUGUCAACUGGGUCCCCACAUGCUGAUACUAUGGGUCUCAUCGGGUUGCCUGGUUUGUGUGUUUUCGGAAGUCCAUAAAGUUCUGCCGUGCGUGACUCGUUAGGUUUUAGAGCGUGUAUGAUUUUGUCGGGUAGUUUACCUGCCAAAGUCUCGGUGAUGAGGUCAGAAGUCUCGACGUCUAGUUUUUUGGUUGGAUUUUUGUCAAUGGGCUGAUAAUCAUUCACUAUAGUUUCAGUCUUGUGUACGUACUCUGAUUUCUCCAAAAGGACUAAUCCCUUGCAUUUAUCUGAGCGCUUGACGAUAAGGUCGUCAUCAUUCUUUAGGUCUGUGAGUGUAGAUCUGUCAUGUUUUGUGUGGUUCUGUUUGGUGUUUGAUUUGUGGUGAGUAUACAGACCCAUUACUUUUUGUUUGAGUUUCUUCAGUGCGUGUUCUGUGACAGGGUGGGCUUGAGGUGCUUGUUUCGUGUCCGUGUCACAGAACACGCACUGAAGAAACUCAAACAAAAAGUAAUGGGUCUGUAUACUCACCACAAAUCAAACACCAAACAGAACCACACAAAACAUGACAGAUCUACACUCACAGACCUAAAGAAUGAUGACGACCUUAUCGUCAAGCGCUCAGAUAAAUGCAAGGGAUUAGUCCUUUUGGAGAAAUCAGAGUACGUACACAAGACUGAAACUAUAGUGAAUGAUUAUCAGCCCAUUGACAAAAAUCCAACCAAAAAACUAGACGUCGAGACUUCUGACCUCAUCACCGAGACUUUGGCAGGUAAACUACCCGACAAAAUCAUACACGCUCUAAAACCUAACGAGUCACGCACGGCAGAACUUUAUGGACUUCCGAAAACACACAAACCAGGCAACCCGAUGAGACCCAUAGUAUCAGCAUGUGGGGACCCAGUUGACAAGCUCUCGUGGUUCCUAGAGAGAAUAAUCACCCAGCUUCUGAUCCUAGUACCAGCCCACUUAACUAACACCUAUGACUAUUUGCAACACCUGAGCACUCGAUUCCCUUCUGGCCUCCCACCCGGUGCCAUCGCAUUCACAGUAGACGUGAACAAUCUCUACGGUAACAUCCCCACAGCAGAAGCGAUAGAGGCGACUAUAGCUAUGCUACGUACCCACUCGUCAAAGGUGAACUUAUAUGGUCUCACCAUCCCUGAUGUGAAAAAAUUACUUGAGCACUGUCUGGAAAACAACUAUGUACGCUUCGGUACAAAAUAUUACAAGCAAACCCAGGGGAUAGCUAUGGGAAGCCGUAUAGCCCCUCCCCUGGCUAUCCUCUUCAUGAACGCAGUAGAAACACGCAUACUAGCAUCGGAUAGACUACAACCUGCACUUUACCUUAGAUACAUCGACGAUAUUUUUGGUAUUUGGACCCAUGGCUCGCAAAACUUAGAUGAAUACAUACAGUUCAUUAAUAGCUUCCAUCCUUGUCUAAAAUUCAGCUUUGAACGCACCGAUCUCUCGUCACAAAGACAAAUUCCCUUCCUCAGGAGCAUACACCACAGAACUUUAUGUUAA